AGAUUUUUCAGCCCUAAUCCACCAUAAUUUUUUGGUAAGCAAACCUCCUCAUAACUCAUUUUAGAUACGAUUAAUCAAUUCAAGCCAAAUUUUGAGUUAGUCAAGCACACCCAAGAUAACUUUAUUAUGAAUAUAUGAAUCGAUAUUGUAAGCAGGUCACUUUUUCUUAGACAGUUAGACUAAUACAUUUAUAUAUCUUUUGUAUAUUUAUACUUUAUGAUACUCCUUACUAGAUAUUUUUAAAACAAAUUAAGGCUUCCAGAGAGAUAUUUGAAUCAGUACACUGCACCAGUCUAACUAAGACAAUGUGUGUAUUAAUCAAGUCCAAAUCAUAUCAAAUUCAGUAGUUCUACUGUGAAGAAUACAUAAUAUUUUAACUUCUCACACAUCUAAUGUGUCAUCUAUCAGACUCUUCCACUUUAUUUCUCUAGCACACCAACUGGCCGGCAAUAUGAUAGAAAAAAAAUUCCAUGGCUGGAGAGGUAAAUACAAUUCAUUGUUUUUGGUAUGUUGUGAUUCCUUUAUAGAUUUCCCAGACUCAAACACCCCACUCUUCCAUAUUGAAGUAAUUACCUCUACUUUAUUAUGUCAUAUACACAGAUUUGGGCACGCAAACACUAACAACUAGUCAUACAUCAAACAGGUUUACACACAGCACCAUAAAUUUUCCAGGGAAUUAAAUGCGGUUAAAAGCCUCUUUUCUUGUAGUGGUACUCAGGUCGUUGACUUGUGGGCUCUCCAUUCGACCCGUCUUGAAACACGGACCAAGGAGUCUGACAUGUGUUCGAGUUGGCGAGUGGAAAAACUUGCAAGGCGCAAGGAAGCUGAUUGGCGGGAUCCCUCUUUGGGGUGCACCGCCGACCGACCUUGAUCUUUUGAGAAGGGUUUGAGUGUGAGCAUACCUGUUGGGACCCGAAAGAUGGUGAACUAUGCCUGAGCGGGGUGAAGCCAGAGGAAACUCUGGUGGAAGCCCGCAGCGAUACU